AUGUCCCGGAAUCGCUUCCAAGGCAUCAUGCCACACCUACGCUUUGAUGACAGGUCCACCCGCAGUGACCGAGCAAAGACUGAUAGCCGGAAGACCACCAUCCUCGGCUCAGUCAACAAGACUCGCCAGGAAAUUCCACAAUCUGCUAGGCAGACAGACUGUGAUGAAUUCACCACUCAGGUGUUUUCAACCACUGGUGCCACGCUGACGGUGUACGCGCCCAAAAGGAAGAAGACCGUCUACAUUCUCAGCAGCAUGCACAGCGUGGUUCAGACUGAGAAUAGCACCAAAAGGAAGCCAAACACCGUCACCCUUUACAACACCACAAAGUGCGGAGUGGACGUGAUAGAGCAGAUGAUGCGGGAGUACACUGUCCGCAAAAGAACACGGCGCUGGCCGGUCGCUGUGUUCUAUAACAUGAUUGACAUGGCAGCACUGAAUGCACAUGUGCUGUAUCAAGCAUGCACCGGCAGGCAGGAGAGACGAGUGGACUUCCUGGCGAAGCUUGCAAGAGAGUUGGCUAACUCUCAUGUGGAUGCAAAGAAGGCACAAAAAGAAGAAAUUGCUUCGGCAACAACCUUCCACACCUGGCCCUGGAAAAAGAGCAAUGUGUCAGGUCAAGCACCAGUGUAAGAACAAUCAUGCCACUGUGCGAUGUGUUGACUGCUACAGAUACACAUGUGGCAAAUGCAGAAGAGAGAUACAAUGGCAGUGCCAGGAUUGUGAGUGAUUGCUGAAAUGUACUCACUGAAAUUUUUGAAUUCUUUGCA